AUAUAACGGGUCGGUAAACAAGUUGAUUUUACAUUUUUGCACGUGAUUUUUUUGGCUCAGUAUUUAAGAGUUUCUUUAUUACCAAGAAAGACAGCACCAUUCAACCUAAUUUACGUCCGCAUUUACCACGUACUUUACGCUUAUUACGUAACCAGGGUUUGCGGUGGUGCGACAGUGAAAAUGGCUGAGCCGUGGAACCGAGGACAUGGCGCUGUUGAUGACAUGCUGGAUGCAGAGAACAAACUUAUGGCCGACAAUCUGGCGACCAAAGUCUCCAGACUAAAAUCGCUUGCCUAUGAUAUUGACAAAGACGUUGAAGAACAGAACAGCUACCUGGAUGGCAUGGACUCUAAUUUCCUGAGUGCGACUGGCCUGUUGACUGGAAGUGUGAAGAGAUUCUCAACCAUGGUCCGCUCCAGCAGAGACAACCGCAAGCUCCUCUGCUAUGUGUCCGUAGGCUUGGUGGUGGUUUUCUUCCUGCUCUACUAUCUGGUGACCAGGGUCCAGAACUAGGCACACAGCUUUCUAGUGUGCCAAUCGGACAUUUGUCUCAGUUUAAUGAGACGUAGCCUUCAUUCCACUGGUUUUUUUUUACAUCUCUUAUAAUGGAUAUGAUGUCUGGGAACCACCGUGGCCUAGCCUCUGGUAGGAUGGACCCCAAGGGUACAGCCUUGUCCAUAAAGACCACAAAGUAUGACCAUAGGCCUACUGGGUGCCAUCAGUGAGGUCCGUGGUAGUGGAUGAGCCUUUGACAAUGGCCUGGGAUUUGAAAGACUACAUGGCUUAUGGGGAGAGGAGUGUUAGGUCAGACAGUUACUAGCCAAAUGCCUUGGGUCACUUUUCUUCAGUUAGCCCACAAAACUGUUUAAAUAGCUACUGAAAUCUAUUUAAAUGGUGUUAUUGCAAAGACAUACCCUUUGUCUCAUUCCACACACUUGUGUCAGUGCACUGACUGUUAGUGCACACAGUGCACUGAGGUCGUCAGUGCAUAGUGUCGUGGAAAAGUUUGAGCACUAUGCACUGUGCCCUCGCUGGAAGUGAUGGCUGAGCAUGGCAUUAGCUCGCCAGAAGAUCGGUUGGUUACUGUUUACAUUGCACAGGGUGUCAUGCUUGCAUUUACAUUUCCUUCAUCCCAAAGGGCAAUUAUCACACACACAAUACUUGGGUUGGCAUGAAAAGGUUGGUGUCUCAGCAACAUUACUUACAGAAUAAGGAGACUGCAGACCAAACUCUUCUACUGAACUGAACGCCACGUUUCCUCCGUUUCAUUGUUAACAUGGCGGCCGUUUACGCGUGCAGUGUCCAUCAUUCAAGCACUGCGUUUUUCGCCAUUGUUAGGGGAUCAUCUGGGCGCUUCCAGUGCACUAUCUCAACUGGAAUUUUCAGUGUGAGCGCCGUAGGCACUGAAACACAGGCUGGAUCUCAAAUGGCGCACUUGUGCACUUCGGGAACUAUGUUUCAGUGCGUAACUAAUACGGCAUACACACUGAAACAUGAACACUAAAGUGCACAAGUGCACCAUUUGAGAUUCAGCACAAGUGCACAAGUGUGUGGAUUGAGACACAGGGAUGCACUUAUUAUGAGGACAUGUUAUUGGUGACUCAUUGGGCCGGUAGUUAAUUGUGGUAGUGUUUUUUUUUUUGAGAUUUGGGUCUGGCUCCAGUGAUGAUGAACAUAUGCCAGCACAUCAACCACACAGUAAUCCAUUCACUUCUAAAACCACAGCUAUGCGGAAAGGUGUACCUGCU